AGCCUCGCCACCGCGUUAGGUGGCGUGUUGGUUGGGCGACUGCCGCGCGCGCUCGGUCGGCCCGGCUCCCCUUGUCCCCGUCCCCCGCCCCGGCCGCUCUUGCUCCGAACCCCCGCCUCCCCCGUGCCCCGACUCCCGGUCCUCUGAGGUCCGGCCGGUCUUCAGAGCCCGCAGCUCCCCGGCCCCCGCCGUCCCCGGAGUCCCCACCGCUCCGGGCCCCGGCGGCAUGGGGGACAACACCAGCCCCAUCAGCGUGAUCCUGGUGAGCUCGGGGAGCCGGGGCAAUAAGCUGCUGUUCAGGUACCCCUUCCAAAGAAGCCAGGAGCACCCGGCGUCCCAGACAACUAAGCCUCGGAGCAGAUACGCUGUCAACAGCACCGGAGAGCACGCCGAGGACCAGGACGGCGACUCCAGGUUUUCAGAUGUCAUUCUGGCGACGAUUUUGGCAACCAAGUCUGAAAUGUGCGGCCAGAAAUUUGAACUGAAGAUUGACAACGUGCGCUUCGUUGGGCACCCGACGCUGCUGCAGCACGCGCUGGGGCAGGUCUCCAAGACAGACCCAUCCCCGAAGAGGGAGGCUCCCACCAUGAUUCUCUUUAACGUGGUCUUUGCCCUGAGGGCCAACGCCGACCCAUCAGUGAUCAGCUGUCUGCACAACCUGUCCCGCCGCAUUGCCACUGUGCUGCAGCACGAGGAGCGCCGCUGCCAGUACCUCACGCGGGAGGCCAAGCUGAUCCUGGCGCUGCAGGACGAGGUGUCUGCCAUGGCCGAUGCUCCUGACGGGCCCCAGUCGCCGUUCCAUCACAUCCUGCCCAAGUGCAAGCUGGCCAGGGACCUGAAGGACGCCUACGACAGCCUGUGCACGUCUGGUGUGGUUCGGCUACACGUCAACAGCUGGCUGGAGGUGAGCUUCUGUCUGCCGCACAAGAUCCACUACGCGGCCGCCAGCCUCAUCCCCCCUGAGGCCAUCGAGCGGAGCCUGAAGGCCAUCCGCCCGUACCAUGCCCUGCUGCUGCUCAGCGACGAGAAGACCCUGCUAGGCGAGCUCCCCCUCGACUGCUCCCCGGCCCUGGUGCGCGUGAUCAAGACCACAUCCGCCGUGAAGAACCUGCAGCAGCUGGCCCAGGAUGCAGACCUGGCCUUGCUGCAGGUUUUCCAGCUGGCAGCGCACCUGGUUUACUGGGGCAAGGCCAUCGUCAUCUACCCGCUGUGCGAGAACAACGUCUACAUGCUGUCGCCCCACGCCAGCGUGUGUCUGUUCUCCCCGCUGGCCGAGCAGUUCUCCCGCCAGUUCCCGCCUCACGACCUGCCGUCGGUCCUCGCCAAGUUCUCCUUGCCCAUUUCCCUGUCGGAACUGAGGAACCCCCUCGCCCCCCCUGUGCAAGAGACACAGCUCAUCCAGAUGGUGGUGUGGAUGCUGCAGCGCAGGCUCCUGGUGCAGCUGCACACCUACGUUUGCCUGAUGGCCUCGCCCGGCGAGGACGAGCCCCGCCCCCGGGAGGACGACGUGCCCCUGGCCACCAGGGCUGGCGGCCGCAGCCUCAGCACACCCAACGCCCUCAGCUUUGGCUCCCCAACCAGCAGUGAUGACAUGACGCUGACCAGCCCCAGCAUGGACAACUCGAGUGCGGAGCUGCUGCCCAGCGGGGACUCGCCACUCAACAGGAGGGUGACGGAGAGCCUGCUGGCCAGCCUGUCGGAGCACGAGCGGGCGGCCAUCCUCAGCGUGCCCGCGGCCCAGAACCCCGAGGACCUCCGCAUGUUUGCCAGGCUCCUGCACUACUUCCGCGGCCGCCACCACCUGGAGGAGAUCAUGUACAACGAGAACACGCGGCGCUCACAGCUGCUCGCGCUCGUGGACAAGUUCCACAGCGUCCUGGUGGUGACCUCGCACGAGGACCCGGUCAUCGCCGUCUUCCAGGCCCUGCUCACGUGAGCCGGGCUGAGCACGCGGGCGCUGCCCCUCCCAGGGGCCCUGCUGGCCCCUGCAGGCCGUGGCCUCCGGUCCCUGCUCUGGCCCAGAGGCCGUGAGGCUCUGGGUGGGGAGUGUCCAGGGCUCACGCCCCUGAGUGAGCUGCACGCGCCCCCCGAUGUGGCCCCCUGUGUGUGUCAGAGCCCCCUCCCCAGGCUGUCUGGCCCACUCUGCGUACCCACGGGCACCGUCCCCUGGCUGCCUCACCAGGAGGCUCUGGCCUAGCGGUCACCUCCCUUUGCCAUGUGAGGCACAAGGACCGGGGCUGAUGUCCUGCAGCUGGUAGGGCCCUGGGGACCGUGCGUUCUCGGCUUCCCGCGUGGGUCCGCAGGGGGGCUCCUGCACACAGGCUGCCUCGGGCCUGAGGACGCAUGUGGAUUGGCCCCGUGUCCUCCCGCAGAGGAGAGCCGGCCGCCGAGGGGGCUCCGGCUGAGGCCCAAGCGACACUGUUUUCUAGAAGCACAGCAUUUAUUUCGUUUCUGAACAAUUAAAAGUCCUCAUAAGCA